UAUGUUCAUCCUCAGCCAAUCUGAACUAGAGAUAAACCAUUAGUGCACGAGCUAAUUACGCGUUUACCUCAAGAGCUUAAAGUAAUAAAACAUUUUAUUUUCCAUCUAUUGGUGACUGCUGCUCACAAUAAAUUGCGCGCCCUGAAAACACUAGACAGAAGGCACAAAGGAAAAAAAGGUAUCUCCAACAGGAGAGCGGGUAAAAGCGAGCUAUUGACGCCUAGACCAGUAAGCACCGAGAAGGAAGGCAUCCUUUAAAGUCUGGAGUGGCUCAAAACUUAAGACUAAAAUAACUCAAAAUACAAACGUGUACGACCUUUUGAAACUUGGCGCAUAGCGUGAAUAAAUCACUGGGUCAAUAUACCAUUGGAUCAAUAGACCAUUGGAUCAAUAGACCAUUGAAUCAAUAGACCAUUGGAUCAAUAUACCAUUACAUUAACAGACCAUUGGAUCAGCGGCCAUCAUGAUACUGUUCAAAAUAGUAUUAAUGUUCUUUAUUAUAAUGCCUGUGUAUUUGACUGGUCAGUCAACCAAAAGAAAGAUCUCAGUGUUGGAAGCAAAAUGUAAAAGAACACCAGGUUUCGAAUUGCUGAAAGAACUAAAUGUUAAAAAGUGUAUUUACUGGAGUAAAACAAACAAAUCGUUUGAAAACGCUGAAAUAGAUUGUAAAGGUAAAGGUGGUUUUCUGGUCACACUAAGAACGAAAGAGGAACACAUGCUUAUAGCGUUGAAUGCUAAAAACUUUGCAUCCUAUGUAGGCUGUGACGAGAGGGAAAAGAAAGGCACUUUUGUCUGGCAUGAUGAUAUGAGUGUCAUACAAGAUAACGAUUAUCUUUUUAAUCCACCGGUAUUUGACAAAGAUGAGCAAACAUUGUGUUGUGUCUUAAUAGCUUUAGAAGAAUUUGAUUUCAGGAUUCUUCCUAAUGUCUGCACACUAGUAAUUCCCUAUGUCUGUGAGAUAAAAUAAUCGUUUUUUUAGAGUGGUUUUAACAUUUUGGAUCAAAUAAACAAAAUAUACAAUUGUUCCAAUAAUUUGAAUAAUUAAAAGCAUUCUUUCA